UGAAUGCGUUGAAUGCGUGUGAUCGCCGGAGGGGGUGGUGGAUGUUCUGUUUUGUUUUUUUUUCGCAGUGGACUAUUUAGACUAGCCGCUGGUCCGGCUGGGCGCCUCUGAUGCUGCCGGCUCACCCGCCGCCCUCCUGCGCCACCCGCUGCGGUCUGUAGGCGCUCCCUGCCGCGGCCAGCUGCUCUCUGCGGGUGCUCUGAGGUCGGGCGGCGGCGGCGGCAUGGCGGCGCCGGCUCCCGGCCGCCUCUGAGCCUCUCCCCUGCCCCGCUGCUGCAGCAGCUCGCUGCCCGCGCCGCCCCGCAGCCAUGAGCCAGGAGCCGAUGAUCAGCGAUGGCGUGUCCGGCUCCAAGAAACUCUACCGCAUCGGCCAGUAUGAGCUGGAACAGACCAUCGGCAAGGGCAACUUUGCCGUGGUCAAAUUGGCCACCCACAUCAUCACACAGGCCAAGGUGGCCAUCAAGAUCAUCAAUAAGACGAAAUUGGACGCCGACAACCUCAACAAGAUUAUGCGGGAAGUGAAGAUAAUGAAAAUUCUCCGGCAUCCUCACAUCAUUCGCUUAUAUCAGGUGAUGGAGACGGAGAAAAUGAUCUACCUCGUGAUGGAGUACGCCAGCAAAGGGGAGAUCUUUGAUCAUAUGGUCGCCAACGGGCCGCUCAAAGAGUCCGAGGCGCGGCCAUGGUUCCGACAAAUCCUGGCUGCUGUUCAGUACUGUCACCGCAAGAACGUCGUCCACCGCGACCUCAAGGCCGAAAACCUGCUGCUGGAUGCCGAGGACAGCAUUAAACUGGCCGACUUUGGCUUCAGCAACUUUUACUCCGAGUCGGACCCGCUGACCACUGGCUGCGGCAGUCCUCCGUACGCUGCGCCGGAGCUGUUCGAGGGAAAAGAGUACGACGGACCCAAGGCCGACGUAUGGAGUUUGGGAGUUGUUUUAUAUGUCCUUGUCUGCGGAGCUCUGCCGUUCGACGGCAAUACGCUACAAAUCCUGCGCGGCAAGAUUCUCUCCGGAAAGUUCCGGAUUCCCUACUUUAUGAGCACAGACUGUGAGAGCCUGAUCCGACACAUGAUGACAGUCGACCCGGAGAAGCGUUACAGCAUACCACAGGUGCUGCGCUGUCGGUGGGUCACCCAGGACCUGGACCCAGACGAGGCAGAGCGGGUGGUGUCCUUCUGCGAGCGACCGGACCUCGAUCAGCCCCCGCCCGUACAGCAGAGUGUGGUGGAGCUGAUAGCCCAGCUGCCCGGAGUGACGGCCCAGCAGGUCCAGCAGUCUGUACAGUCGAACCUGUACGACGACCUGGCCGCCUGCUAUCACCUGUUGUGUGAUCAGGCGGCGACGGCUCCCCUCCUGCCCACGGCCGCCGCGGCGCCCGCCCUGCCCAAGGUCCUCACCUCCAUAUGGAGUGAAGAGGCCGACAAGGGACAGUUCGAGGACGCCGAGCGUCACCUGGAGCUGGAUCUGGAGGAGACGUCCAGCAACAGAGACCAGUACCACUGUUCGCGGCGGCACACGGUCGGGCCCGGCGACACGGCGCAUACACAAGUUCAGGUAUCGUUCGGGGUUCCGCCCGCCUGGGGCUACGGCGUGCCGACCGGCGUGGGCGGCGGCGGCGGCGCGGCGCGUCUGUACCCGGUGCUGCCGCAGACGAAUCUGGCGCAGAACCUGCCGCUGGUGCAGCACCAGCCACCGCAGCGGUUCAGCACCAAGGAUCAGCAUCUGCUCAAACCGCCCACUGUGCUCGGCGCCUUCGGCGGGUUCGGUCGCCGCGCCUCGGACGGCGGUGCCAACCUUCAGCUGAGUUACCGGCAGCCGGGCGGAGCCGCGCAGCCGGCCAGUCAGGAGCAGCUCUGUCUGCUGCAGAGGACCGGUGCCGAGCCCGGAGCGCCCGGAGCAGACGGAGAGAUGGAGGAUGGCGGAGCGAGGUACGGUGACGACAAACGCCUGGACGAGAGCUCACUGUGCGAACGACGGGUCAGCGCCGGGAGCGCGGGUAGCACCAAAAUCCGCCGGCCCAGCCUCAAAGAGCCGCCUUCAGGCAGUGCGUCUGCCUUUAUGUUGGAGCGAGCGCUGAUCACACAGCAGCGCAUCCAACCGAUUGGCGCCGACGGUAACGGCCGGCGGAGGAGGACGGGUCUGAUUACGGUGGGCCUGUCCCCGGUCCUGGAGAACUCCACUCUUCAUACACCUACAGUCGGAGAGAGCACCGAUACGACCUACGGCGGCCACUACCCCAACUCGCUACGUAUUCCCUCGGACCGCUACACCCGCCGUGUGAGCGACUCGUCAAUGCUGGGACAAGACCAGGACGCCGUACGGGAACUGGAACAGCUUAAGCAACACAGCCGGUCGGUGGACAGCACCACGAUGCAGGAGUUGCAGCUGCAACACACGCGCCACUUUCU